AUGCCAGACAAGGGCGACGGCUCUGGACCCAAGAUCGAUGCCGCCUUCUUCCAACCAGCCCACGUGUUCUCGGAUGGCCGUCCUCAUUGGGCGGAUCAGGUCAUCGCCGUCGAGUUCAAGUCUCACAAAACGACUCACGACCCGUUCGAUGACCGCGUCGACAGCAAUGUUGAGGCUCAAGCCGCAACACGCAAGAAGGUCCGCGGCCAGCUCAUCGACUAUGCCGAACAAAUCUUCCGAUACCAACACCGCACUGAGCUCUAUAUGCUGCUCGUCAUGGAACGCCGCUUCCGCUUCCUUCGCUGGGACCGGUCUGGAACUAUCGUCACGCGAGCGGUAGACUACUUCGAGCAACCUGGACUCCUAUGCGAGAUGCUUUGGCGUAUGUCGCAACUUACGGAAGAGCAGCUUGGCUAUGACCCCAGCGCCACUCGCAUCCACCGGGAAGACUCGGACUAUCUUCGCAUGAACACGAUCGCCGUACCCGUUGAGACAGAUGUCGACCACAUGGAGCGCAACCUCGAUGACGAUAUGCAAGACGAUGCGCCCGUAUACCGCUACGUCCGUGAUAUGUUCCGCAAGUCGCUGCGCUGCGAAUGGCCUCGGUACCGCCUCGAGGUCCAAGACACCGAUACCGGCGAAACUCACAGCUUCCUUGUUGGAAAGCCUGUAUUCCAUGCGCCUGGCAUGGCGGGCCGGGGUACGCGGGGAUACGUCGCUUAUCACUGCGACAGCGGCCACUUUGUGUGGCUGAAGGACGCGUGGCGUGCUGACUACAAGCUUGUUGACAAGGAGGGUAUCACGCUCAAGAAGCUUAAUCUCGCAGGCGUGAUCAACGUCCCGACUCUCGUAUGCCAUGGCGACAUCCUGGGACAAACUACGAAGACACCUGACUACUGGGGAAGGAAGGAAGAUUCCGAUGCAAUCUGCCCACUACGCCUACACGCUCACUAUCGGCUCGUGGUAAAGGAGGUCGCAUUGCCGCUCAGGGAGUUUCAGAGUAGCUGUCAGCUUGUGUCGAUCAUCCUCGACACCGUCGUCGCGCAUCAAGAGGCUGUUGAGAAGGCGGAUAUAAUUCACCGCGACAUCAGUGGCGGCAAUAUCCUUAUAUUCCCGAAGGUCGUGCAUGAUGUUCAGGCCGGCACGAAAGCAUUGAACUGGAGCGGCCUCCUCACCGAUUGGGAGCUAUCAAAGCCACUGCGACACAAAAGCGGACAACUUCGCGCUCGGCAGCCUGAGCGAACCGGAACAUGGCAAUUUAUGUCCGUCGCAGUCUUGUCGAAGAACACGAAGGUGGUCGAGACGUCCGACGAACUCGAAUCCUUCUUCCACGUGCUCCUCUACUACGCCAUCCGCUACACGCGUUCGAAUUGCAAGGAUGUCGGCGCUUUCAUUGAAGCCUUCUUCGACUCCUACACAGUUGACGAUGGCAAAUACGAAUGCGGCACGAAGAAACUGAACACGAUGAAGGGCAUCAUGAAGCUCACGACGGGGCCU